GUUUAUGAAUUGUUAACAUCUCAUUAAAAUUAUCAGCAAUAGUUGUCACAAUAUGAAUGAUUUCCUAUAUAACACAGAGAUAUGUUUUAUAAUAUCUUACUCGGAGCCUCAAAUUCAAGGCAGAUGAAGCAGACAUAAACAUGGUAUUACAAGUGCUGUUUUUGUUCGUCACACUGUCAAGUGCGAGUCUCUUACGACCGCCGACAUUGCCGGUGCGAGUGUCAGGUGGCCUCCUCAGAGGAUCUGUGGCUCUGGACGGGUCACAUCUCCGCUACACCGGGAUACCAUACGCGACAGCUGAAAGGUUUCAGGCUCCCAAACCCGCCCCAAAGUGGAGAGGUAUAUACGAUGCAGUCAAUGAACUUAUAAGAUGUCCACAAAAAUUCCCAGAACCGUUGGUCACGGGAGAAGAGGACUGCCUACACUUAAACGUUUAUACACCUUUGAAAUCGGGAAAUAAACUUUACCCUGUUAUGGUAUUCAUUCACGGAGGAGGUUUCAAAGAGGGCUCCGGUUCGCCGCUCAUUUAUGGGCCAGAAUAUUUAGUCAAACAUGAUGUUAUUUUAGUCACAUUUAACUACAGACUUGGCGUGCUAGGGUUCCUUUGCUUGGGAAUAAAGGAAGCUGCUGGUAAUAUGGGUUUGAAAGAUCAAGUGGAGGCGCUUCGGUGGGUGAAGAAUAAUAUCAGAGCUUUUGGAGGAGAUCCUGAUAAUAUAACAUUAUUUGGUGAAAGUGCCGGUUCAUCAUCUGUAACAUAUCAUUUGUUAUCUCCUAUGUCUGCAGGGCUUUUUAAUAAAGUCAUUAUGGAGAGUGGAUCUGCUAUGUCAUUCUGGUCUGGUCAAUUCGAGCCGAAAGAAAUAGCAUUCAAAUUAGCAGCACAAAUGGGAAUCAACACAAGAGACGUCCAUAAGUUAGUAAAUAUAUUUAAACAAAAAACAAUUGUAGAAUUAUUCAGUGCUAAAGUACCCAGGGCUACUGGUCACACCGUACAAUCAGAGAAUAUUUUUGUUCCUUGUAUUGAAGAAACUAUUGAGGGAUCUGAACCGUUUAUAACAGCAAGUCCGUAUGAUAUCAUUAACAGCGGUAAAUUCAAUAAAGUUCCUGUUAUAAUGGGCUUUAACAGUGCAGAAGGUUACUUUUUUGUAGGAAAAGAAACUUCUCGUCAAAGAGAAGAAUUUAAUUUUGAAAGCGCGUUACCGAGAGAUUUAAUGUUCCCAACUUCAUCUGAAAAAGAAACAACUGCAUCGAGAUUAAAAGAACUGUAUCAAGACGGUUCGCGGAUGACUGUACAAUCUUUAGUGAAAUAUGAAGGCGAUUCUGGUAUUAAGUACCCUGUUAUAGCCACGGUAGAUCUUUUGCUUAAAAAUAUGGAAGAACCAGUAUAUGUAUACAAAUUUGCAUACGACGGUUUAUUGAAUCUGGUAAAAUUUGGUUAUGGAUUCGGAGCCUAUCCUGGAGCAACUCAUGCAGAUGAAUUGCUUUACUUGUUUAAACCACAGGGCACAACGGUACUGUCACUUUUGGAAAUGAAUAUUAUUGGUAAAAUGACCCUUAUGUGGACAAAUUUCGCAAAAUACGGAAACCCGACUCCCCAAGAAACCGCUUUGGUUCCCAUGAAGUGGCAACCAGCUGAUCUUUCCAACCCUCAAGUUCUGGUAAUCGACAAGCAAUUAUCCACUGAAAGUCUGUGGAACGACAGAGAUAUUUUAUUCUGGAAUGACACCUAUACAUAUUACAGAAGAACAGCAUAAACUAAAUUUUCCUCAUACUAAGUACAUCACCAAAGAUUUCUUCUAAACAUAAAUUAAUAAAUAAACAUGAUUAAAUGA